AUGGACUGUGAUGAACUCAGAAAAGCUGUUUUCUCUAUUGUUAAGGAUGAUGAUCCUUAUAAAGAAUCUAAACAACUUCAAUUGAAAAACUGGUGCGGUGCAUUUUUGGAAAUAUUUGACAGUUGGGGUGAAAAAAAACUUCCGUUCUUUUUAGAUAUAUUAUCAAAUGAAGAAUGUUGGGAAAAAACAGAUACAAUACAUGGUAUCAAACUCAAUAGAAGAGUAGUAGCUAAAAAGAUGAUUGAACCCCAGAGUUGGAAGGGUACAAGCAAUCCACUAGAGGACUUUUAUCUUUACCAAAUCGCAUGUUGGUGUUGCUUAGAAGAAGAUAUAAUUUCUCUAUUUGAACAUUUUAAACAGAAGCAUCAAGUGAAAGACGGUGAUCCAGAUGCAUUAAAGAAGCUAGCAAAAAGAAUAAGUGGAAGUUGGUGUACAGAUGCAAUGAUGCAAUUUUGGUCACAUUUCAUUAGUGGGUAUAUUUCAGAGUUAGAUCUAAAAGGCCAGCAUCCUUAUGUCUUUGGUUUACAUCGUGCAGCAAUAAGCUCAAAUAGAAGACGUGUAGAAGCAGUAGAAUUCUUUUGGGAUAAGGUUCAGUCAUUACCUGAAAGUGAGUUAAGUGCUCAGGAAAAAGAUGAAGUUUUUAUGAGAAUUGCAGUGCAUGCGGCACAUGAUAAUGGCUAUCCUGAUGUAUUUGAAUUUUGUUUAAGUCGAAUAAGUUCUGAUAAAUAUCCAGAGCUUUUAAAAAGAGAUUUGGAGAAAAAUGGUUAUUAUGGAUCUUUAAAUAUAAUGAACGACAUGCUUAGUUUUGAUAAAUUUCAGGAACUAUUUGAUUGUUUAAAACCAAGUAAUGUUAAAGAAGAUGAUUAUCGUCUCUGGGUAAAGUUCAUGACAAGAGACUGUCCGGAGUGUUAUUUAGAUAAAGGUGUAAAUGUUUUUAUGCACAUGUGGAAAAAGAGGGGUUUUGGUGAUCAUUGUGUUUUGAUAUUAGACAAAGAAAUGAUGAAUGAUUCUUUCUUUCAAGGAAGAUUUUCAGUGCCUUUGAUUGAGAAGGGUUAUAUGGAGCCAGUGUGGGCAAUGUUAGAUAAGGCUAAUUCUAGACAAAUCAAGGAGUUUGUGUCUUCUGAGAAAGCAAAUUAUAUACGUUCUAUAUUAGAACAAAGAGAUCGUGUUUCAUUAAAUAGGUUUUUAGCGUAUGGUAAGUCUGCUGAUGAAGAACUCGAUCAAAAAAACAUACCUGGCCCAAGUGGUGAUUUAGCUGACGUGGAGAUUAGUAAACAAUCUUAUGUGGGGUUAGGCGAUCAUUAA